AUGCGAUACGGCAAGCGAGGUUCGACAGCGGACGCUCGUGAGUAUCUUUACGCAAAGCGCUACAAGCCCCUCGAGCUCAGCCAUUCGAUCGAGCCUUGGCAUGUUUCCCUUGCCACCAUUUGCAAUCAUCUGAAGAAGCAAAACCGGGAUUCUGGAAUUGACAGCGAGUACGUUAGUCUACGUCCUCGUCGAUAUGAUUCUUUCGGCCCACAGACCCAAGAGGCUUGCCUCAACUACAUUACAUUCCUGCAAGCCCUGGACAAGGAGCACCUCCUCUUUUCGUCGAACAAGCAUGCUCUUCUCUCUGCGGACGAGAGCUGGAUGACUACCCAAGCAACGCGACACAAAGGCUGGGUCGUUCAAGGACAAGCAAGGAGUCUGGCACCAGCGCCUCGUUCGUCGAUCUCUUUCUUUGCAGCAUUGGCCUACUCCGGAGAGAUUGUUUUCUUGCGUACCGACAUUGGCAACAGUACAGGCGAGAGUUCACAGCGCUAUUUGGAGGGCACAAUUUCUGCCUGGCGAAAAAAGUAUGGCUCAGGUCUUCUGGUCGUGACCUGGGACAAUGUGCCACAUCAUUAUAAAGCUCUCAGUCUCAUGUCCGGCUCUCAUGGUGUUGAACACACGAAAAAGGUGUUUGUGCGCGCCUCAAGCACAAUUCCAGAAACUGAUGAGCGCUACUCACCGCUCAUUUACUAUGAGUUGGAUCGUGAGCUGUACGGCGGUCCGGUUCUUGUUGUCCCAAUACCAAAAUACCAGCCCGACUUUGCUCCCAUCGAGACCGUUUUUGGUUCCGUCAAAUAUGCAGCAGAAGGCAUUCGCGCGCGUUCAUCAAGCUUUGGCUACACGCGCCUCUCAGAGAGGCUCGAGAAGAUUCUCAACGUUGUUUUUGGAUCCUACCUGACAAAAGAUAUGUUGAAAGGAGCAAUCCGUGAUACACACAGGUACAUGAAAGCCUGGCAGGAUGGCGCCACAAAUGAAGAUGAGGCUCGAGCUCGCCGCGACCAGCUACGCAUUCGCGACAAACAAGACUAUGACCAGAUCAGGGCCGCAACUGGCGGAAUCUUGAGACACAGGAGUGAAUCCUUCGAGCUCGCGCCAAUCUUGGACAUGGCUGUCGACAACUCCCGAACUCGCCGCCAGACUGCUCGAGCCGUUGCCGCCAGCCAAGAAGACGAUGCUAACGUGAAUGACUUUAAAUCUACAUGUUCUCAUAACAACAACGACGAUGCACCAACGGCUGGUGCUGGCAUGGGGGGUUGUAAUCGUAGCCAACAACCGCCCGAUGCGCGCCACGUGAAGGACGACACCUUUACUCUUUCCCCGAGCGGGAGCAACCACCGCCCCCCGUCUCCACCGGCCACGCUGGCGCCCAGUCUUACGCCCCGACAAACCACAACCACUGCUCCACCAACUCGCCCCACCACUACCACUCGCCCCACCACCACUCGCCCCACCACCACCACUCGCCCCACCACCACCACUCGCCCCACUACCACCACUCGCUCCACCACCACCACUCGCUCCACCACCACCACUCGCUCCACCACCACUACCACCACCACUCGCUCCACCACCACUCGCUCCACCACCACUCGCUCCACCACCACUCGCUCCACCACUCGCUCCACCACUACCACCACUCGCUCCAGCACCCCCGCAGUCACCGCUCGCCCCAGCACUUCCGCAGUUACCAUGAUGUCCCGCGGCGAUCCGAGCGUGCCCCGCGCCUGGCAAGAUCAGAUUUCUCUACAAACAGACUAUGUCGACUUUGCCUACGAAGAGGUUGACGUCAACUCUAGCUUUUACUUUAAACACGUGUGUCACAUCUUCAAUCCAACCGUCAUUGCUACCCCGACCGGCCCCAACAACGGCCUCGAGCUCCGCCUCUUUACCCGCUUCACGGGCGGCAACGAAUCAGGCCACUUUGUUGACUGCCCCGACCACGACCUCCAGUCCCGCCACCCCUGCCCCGCUCAAGAUUUUCGCGGCUUUUCGUUCCUCCUCACCUGCCGCCUCGAUGCCGAGCUUCGUUGCAUUGAGACGCUGAAUCCGCUGCCACAGCAAUUCAAUUUUGAAGCUGGACGGGAUGGCUGGCGCUAUCUCGGUCCCGAAGAUGCUCGCACUUUUGUCAUUCAAGACCGUGCCUACAUUCUCUUCAACUCGCCCAUUCACACUGGCGGCGAUGGGCGCACGCCCAUCAAGGACUCGAGUGACUACUACCAGCGCCUUAUGAGAGUCCAACAGGUUUACCCUACUCUUGGUGAACCGCUGACUUUGAUGUAUCGCGGGAGCGGUCGGAUUGAAAAAAAUUGGUCCUUUCUACGCCAUGACCCAGAGACCAACGAGAUGUUCUUUAGCCGUUUCUUUGUGCCUCACGAGGUCGUGGCCUGUCACAUGGAGACGGGGGUCUGUCGAAAGGUUGAAAGCUUUGCCAGCGCGCCCUUGUUGAGGGGUUUGAUGCAAACGCUCCGCCUCCAGAGUUUUCAUUUGGCCUCGAACAUGCUGCAGUUGUCAGAGCACGAGAACUUUGGCGUGUUGCACGGUCGUGCGACGACAGACUACUCCUAUGUGCCUUUGGCGUACAUUGUCGAGCCGGUCCCGCCCUACCGUGUCCUCGGCCUGGGCAAGGAGCAACUGCGGCUUCCCAUCCCCAAUCGGCCCGAUCCCAGGGGAAGGGAUCAGACGCGCCGUGUCUACGUGCAUUCGCUCUUUUUGCUCAACACAACACAUGUCCUCGUGGGCUACAACGUCCUUGACCGCAGCACCACCUUUGUCGUUCUCUCCCUAUCUUCAAUCCUGUCCACCAUUCAGCGAUUCUUUUGA